CCAGUGAGGAUGUUUUGCAAAAGAUGGAAGCCACCCUUACUGGCUGGGGUUCUGUCUUAAUCAGGUGGCAUUUGGGAGACUGCAGGCCUCUCCUGGGUCUUGCUAGGCUUUGGGGAAGCCAUUCCCCAAAGCAGCUCUUUAGACAAGCUUCCCAAAACCUUUGCAUUACUCUCUCUCUCUCUCUCCACAUUUUCUAUAAAAUAUCAGUUUAAUUCUCUAAUUUUAAUUUUAGGUCAGAUAUAAUCUAUCAUAACUGAUAUGAACAGCACUGUGAGAGAAGAUCUUUACAAAGCAUUGAAUGACCUCCUUGAGAAUGAAUUUGAAGAAUUUAAAUGGUGGCUAAGAUGUAUUGACCACAAUGAAAAGCCAAACAUUCCGCCAGCUUCAUUGGAGAAAGCUAAUCGACAAGAAGUUGUAGAUCUUCUGAUUAAAAAUUAUGAAGAAGAUGCUCCAGAGGUGUGCAUUCGUGUCCUUCAAAAAAGCAAUAUAAAUAAUGUUGCUAAAAAACUUGAAGAAACAUUACAGACAGUUGCAGAUGCUGAUGCUCCCCAACCACCAGAUUCAUCAGAUUACAGAAACUACAUUAAAAACAAUUUUCAAACGAUUGAAGAUCCUAAUGCUGUUCCUGGUGAAUAUGUGCUCCUGAAUCAGAGAUACUCAAACCUAAUCAUCCUAGAUUAUUAUCGGCCUGAAAAGGAGCGAGAACAUGAAAUUCGGGUAACAGGAAGAAAACAUGUUGAAAUCAUCAACAAGAGAGCUGAUUCUUCAACCAGUGUUGAAACAUUAUUUAACCGUGGUAAACGUGGACUAAUUCCACAAAUUGUUGUGUUGCAAGGAGCUGCAGGAAUUGGAAAAACCACAAUGGCCAAAAAAAUGAUGUUGGAUUGGGCUUCUCAACAACUUUACCAUGAUAAAUUUAAUUAUGUUUUCUAUAUUUACUGUAGAGAGAUGAAUCUCCAUGCAGAGUCAGAGAAGAGUAGCAUUGCAGAAAUAAUUUCAAAACAAUGGCCCAGGUGUCAGGAAAUGAAAAGUGUCAUUGAAAAUAUACUGAAGAAUGAAAAGAAGCUUCUAUUCAUAAUUGAUGGGUUUGAUGAAUUAAGGUAUUCCUUUGAUCAGUUCGAAGAUUCCUUUUGCUUUGAUCCAUGGAAGGAGGAGCCAGUAAAAAUUAUUUUAAGAAGUUUAUUUCAAAAAAAGCUUCUUCCUGAAUCCUCUCUUAUAAUCACAACAAGACCUACUGCUUUAGACAAACUCCAUCGAUGUUUAAAACAUCCACAUUUUUUUCAGAUAUUGGGGUUUUCUAGAAAGGAGAGGGAAGAAUAUUUCUACAAAUUCUUUGGAGAAGACAAAGACCAAGCAACUCAAGCUUUAAGAUUUGUUAAACAAAAUGAUACCCUUUUCACCAUGUGUAUCAUUCCCCUUGUGAGCUGGAUCAUUUGCACAGUGGUGAAACAAGAAAUGGAGACAGGUAAGGAUCUUCAGAAGACACCAUGCACUCUUACUGCAAUCUAUAUGCGGUAUCUGUCCAGUUUGUUAGAUUUUCAUCACCAAGAAUCCAAACAGGAUGUCCAAAGAAAGCUAAAAACCUUCUGCUCUUUGGCUGCAGAAGGCAUCUGGAAACAGCAAAUACUGUUUAUGGAAGAAGAUGUCAAGAAGCACAGUUUGUAUCAGGAUGACCUCUUCCCUCUCUUUUUGAAUCAGAACAUCUUCAAAAGGGACAUUCACUGUAUUCAAACCUUCAGCUUCAUUCACUUAAGCUUCCAGGAGUUUUUUGCUGCUUUGUUUUAUGUUUUAGAAGAUGGAGAAGAACAGUGUUCUCAAAACCCAGAUAAAAAAUUACUGACACUUUUAUAUAGGCACAGUAUAUAUUCUCAGACUGAUUUUGCAGUAGGAUUUCACUUCCUCUUUGGUCUUCUAAAUGAAGAAAAUAGAAUGAAAGAGUUGAAAAAAGAAUUUGGAUGGGAAAUUUCUAGUCAGAAUAAAGAGUUAUUAUUAAACUGGGUGAAAGAAAAGAUUGACAGAAGAAUUUGUAGGAUUGAAUCUGGGUCAAUCACUGGGACCGACCUAGACUGGGUCAUGCAACAUUAUCCUGAGACAUAUAUAGUCAAAUUCUUUCAUAAAAGAAUUUAUUUAUAUAUGGAAACAAAAAUACUUAGUUAUUUGUAUGAGACACAAGAUGAGAAUUUUGUAAAAGAUGCACUAUGUGCUGUCACCACAAUGGAGUAUCACUGCAAUUCAGAUACAGAAUUGAUGAUCCUGGCCUAUUGCUUACAACAUUGCCAGAAUUUGGAGAAUCUGUGUGUUCGAAGCCCUACAUCUAUAUAUCCGACAGAGAAAAAAAAGCUUCUUCUAGAACAUGGGUAAGUAUUUUUGAAAGUUUAUAACCUUUUGGCAUUUAAUUCAGUUUAUAAUCAUGCCACUGCUACUCUCAAACCUACUCUCCCAAAUAUAAUA